GGCUCCGGCUCCGGCUCGGUCUGUUUCUAUCCCGCCAGGUGGCCACCGGCCCGGAGGAAGGGCAGCUUCCCCGGGCCAGCCGCUGCCGCCGGCUGCCGUUUGGCGGAGGCUCCUCGUAGCGGGCAGGGGACGGGACGUUUUGCCACAUAGGCACUGCGGAGGGGAGAGGUAGCGGCGGGCUGUGGGCGGAGCUUGGCAGGAGAGGGGAGAGCUGAGACACCUGAGCGGGAAUUGGGGGAGCUGAGACACUCCCCUGACCCUGACUGGCUGUGGGGGAGCUUGGCAGGAGAGGGGGGAGCUGAGACACUCCCCUGACUGGCUGUGGAGGAGCUUGGCAGGAGAGUGGGGAGCUGAGACACUCCCCUGACAGGCUGUGGGGGAGCUUGGCAGGAGAGUGGGGAGCUGAGACACUCCCCUGACAGGCUGUGGGGGAGCUUGGCAGGAGAAGGGGGAAUUGAGACACUCCCCCGACUGGCUGUGGGGGAGCUUGGCAGGAGAGGGGGGGAAUUGAGAUACUCCCCCGACUGGCUGGGGAGAAACAGAAUCCCCCCCUCACAGGCGGCAGGGCUGGAGAGGGGUGAGCCCAGGACCUGAGUGCAAUUGCCCCUGCCCUGGGAGAAGUCCUAGCCUCUCUCAGCCUGGGCCUCACUAUGGUUCUGGAUGAGACCUGUAUCUCGCUCCUGCUGAUGACUGGCACCAUGAUGUUGGUAGGAGGGUGCCGGAAGCUAACCGGACGCCAUAUACACUCCCGACGCCCUCGCAUGUUUCUCCUGGAGCUGUUUGCCACUUUCCAAAUCUGUGCCUGCACCAGUGAGCUCCGGCUGCUGGCCAAUGUGCAGCCCAAGCCACACGUUGCCCUCACCCUCACCUAUGGUUUUACUGUCCUGCAUGGAUUGACUCUAACUGGCAGCACAUGCAAUCCCUGUGGCACCCUGCAACAAAUCUUGGAUGGUGGGAUCUCAGUCAAACAGGGCGGGCUGAAGAUUGGAGCUCAGUUUGCUGGUGCAGUGCUGGCCAGAAUUUACAUCCACUACAUCUGGUCCAUGGGGAUUAUCGAGGUGCACUCUGAGGCACUGGCAGAGGGCUGCAGUAAUCCUAUUCAAACCACGGAGACCCAGGCUUUUUCCAUAGAGCUGCUCUUCUCCACUGUGUUCCAGCUGAGCAUACUGCAAUUUGAAGCUGUUAAACCCAGCCUCAGGGUCCACCUAAUUGCUCUUCUCAUUACUAUGCUGGUGUAUGGAGGAGGAAACCUCACUGGAGCAAUAUUUAACCCAGCAUUGGCCUUUUCAUUACAUGCAAGUUGUUUCCAUGAAAAAUUCUGGGAUUAUUCACUAGUGUAUUGGAUGGCACCUUCCUUAGAUCUGAUGUGACAUCACUAGCUUUGAAAAGAAACUGGCAAGUCCAAGUAUGGAAAACUGGAAGAGGAUGUAUGUGGAGACAGAGUAAAUGAAGUCAGUGUGCUGAAUGCUCCUAAGCCUUGUUACUUGGAUCAACUGGCACAUAACUUGAAAAUAAAACAAUAAUCCAAAAACUUUGAAGUCAGUUAAACUACAUAUGCUCUGUUUGGCUUUUAAAAGUACAUUUUUCCACACAAUGUCUGUUUUGAAUAAUCUAUUCUUAGGGUAAGAAAUCUGACAGGGAAGAAUUAAUUAAUGCUGUGAUCUUCUACAGGUUCUGCAAGAUUUCUCUUUGCAGGAAACCAUGUCUGCUGUGAUUCUUUUUGCAAGACACUGAAUUUGCAUGUCCCUUUCUACAAAGAAAUGCUUUUUUCAGCAGUCUCCACUGUCCUUUAGACAAACAUUUUAAAAUUUUACUGUACAUAGAACCUGGACUGUACGUUCCUCAAAUGUACUUACUUAACUGCCUUUUUGUAUUUUGUCCCAUCAGGUACAGUACUUGUGGCCAUUGUGUGGGGUGAAAUCCUUCCUCUGAUAUUCUGAGAUUUUAAAAUGGUGAACUCUAGAACUACGUGUGUUAAAAAGAGACUCUUAAAAACAGAACUAAAUUGCAGCAACACAGUACAUAGAGGGAAGACACCUGGAUACCAGGCAUUGAGAACACUGAUUUCCUUACAGGGUUUCCAGAUAAUUUUAUGUUUUGAAAUAAGUCUUAACUUUACAGUGGAAUUGAAUUACAGUAACAAAUUGGUAUGGUGAGAACAAGAAUGAAAGUCUUUAUCACAUUUGUCAGUUAAGCCAUUUAUAUGAAGAAAAACACUAUUGCAAAAUGAACUUGUCCCUUUAAAUUUAAUCCAAAAUGCCAUUCAUUGACCUUUCUUCCAAACCUAUCGAAAAUGUCAAUUGGAGAGAGAUACAAAAGUUACAUAACCUCUUCAGAUAUCUGCCACUACUGGUUUAAUUACAUCAGACUCAUCAAUAUAUAAUACCCACAAGAGGGGAUGGAUUCUGAAAAAUUUAUUCUUGAAAUGAUCUUUGCAUAUUCCCACUUGUGGCAUAUGUAGCCUCUGCAAGGGGGGCUGGGUGGGGCAUGUAGCCCCAAAGGAUGCUACCUGUUAGAAAAAUUACAAAGCUCAACCCCAGAGGCACUGUUUCCCACAAGUGUGAACAUGGAGAGGUGACACUCUUAAAAAAGAUGUUUUACUGAUAAGUACUAACCCACCUUUUCUUCUUGUGAGGAAUCUGCCACCUCACUAUAAUUUAUUGGCUUAUUAGGGCCCAAUCCUGCAUGAUAGUAAAAGUUGCAGAAUCAGGCGCAUACUUCAAUUAUUUUUGUCCACUCUUUUUCUGGAGUACUAAGUAAUUAAUUCUUGGUCCUGAUUGACAGCAGUGUAUUUUCUAUUGUUAACUUUGCCUAAGACUAGUCAGUAUUAUGAGCGUGAGGAGUCUUGAUAGGAGAGUUAAUCAAUACAAUCAAUCAGACAACAUACUCUGAUGACUAUUCAGAGAGCUUGAAUCAUUUGUGACUCUGAUGUCUCUUUAAGGGCACACAGUGGGCACGUUUAGGCCUCUGCCAUACAAAAAAUAACCAGCAGAGCAGCUCUGCUGCCUCAGAAAAUGUACUGCUGCUGUACACCAGGCCAGACUGGUCACAGGCCACCUUUGCUUGUGGUGAAGACCACUCACAGGUUGUGAGCAUUCCACAGUACUGUUUGCAUUGUCAUAGUACAUUUUUCUAUGCUUUUAUAAUAUUAACAUAGCAAACACUUUGCCCCCUCUCAUCUGUGCAAAAACAUGAUUUUGUUUAAAAUUUUAUGUAGAGGGGCUGGUUGUAUUUCUCCAUUUAUGUUUAGCAGAUUUGCAAGGGGAUCAAGUUAACAAGUUUUAUACGUAAGUGAGAUCCUGAAGCACAGGACUCUUGCAAAGCAGUCAGAGUUUGCACUAUUAGAUUCUGGUAUCAAACAGUAACCUCACCCAGACUUCAAACAGCUGUAAGGUGAAUACUUUAUGGAUACCACCAGGUAUUUUGCCUGUGGCCAGUCUGGUUAAUUUUCAGAGUAAGUAGUACUGCCACAGAUAAGCACAUUUUGCCUUUUUUGUUUUAAAUAGCUGUGCAUAUGUAAGCUGUUACAAAUAGCCUUGUAGUCUCUUGGCUGUUAGCCUUAUCUCAGCUAAAUUUCCUCUCAAUUUAAGAUGAGGAGUGGGCUUACUUCAGAGACAAUCCAAGUAUUGCUGUGUUAGUAAGAUAUAAAACUGAAAAAAUGUCACCUCUUCAACAUACUUAGUCUGCCUUAGUCCAGAUCCUCAAAUGUUGCAGGCUCCUGAUCUUUCUCCCAGCACACACUAUAAUGCAUUUAGGAACAGCCAGAGAGACAAUUGAAAUUAUUUUUAUUUGACACAUUACUGUUAGGGAUUUCCAGAAUCUUUAAGGUGACUGACAAAAAGAGAUGACUCACCACUAAUUCAUUUAAAAUCUUAAAUAAAAAAAGUGAGACCUGCAAAACUGAACUCUGAGCUGUAACCUAGACUCAAGAUUAGAGGUCAGCAAAUUAUCAGUGUUGACCUAAUAUUGGUCUGUUUAGGGAUUGAUGCUGCCCAGUUAUUUUUCUUGUAAGCUUUUAAAUCUGCCCUCUGGUAAAGUGAAAUUGCUACUCAGUACAGUCCUACAUAAACAAAAAUCUGUUCACACCAAGCUUACUUAAGGGAUGAUGCGUCAAAUUGCCCACAAAGCAAAACAAAAUUUCAUCAAUAUUUCAGAAAUAUAAAGCUAUGGAUGAAUAAAAUCUGCCUUUUAAACACUGAAAUAUAAAUUCCUGGCCUUGAUUACACUGCAGGCCUCAUUUUGCUGUAGGAACAGAUCAGAUUGUUUUUGUACUAUAAAAAUACUUGGUAUUGAAUGAAUUAAGCCUUACUGAGCAGAUAUUUUUCUUACUCUUAUUUUUACAAGUGUUCUGGAAGUAAAUUAUAUAUUGUUAGCGCUUCAGAUAAUUUGUUUUAAAUCUAGUGUUUUGUUCUCAAUAAAAUCUUUGCUUGUAUAUAUUUCCUUGCAUUUUAGAUACACGGAUUCAGAACUCAGUAUGAGAUGAAGUGACUACUAACCUAACUGCCCAAACUUUCAUACAAUAGGACCCCAGCACACAAACAUUCACUGCUGUAUUUCUGUAUUCAGUAAUCUAAAAACAAAAAAUGUAGCUUGCCAUGUGCCAGUGUUGGGAGGGCUUCUAAGACCUUAUCCACUCAGUUCUCAGCUUGACGCUAAACUCAUCACCAAGGUUUAGCUUAAAAUCAAUCUACAUUUGAGUUGAUCAGGCUUCAGGGCAUACCAGACAGACAAAGUUACAGAGCAUAUCUUUUUCUUUAUAUACAUUUACACAUUACACUGAAUUUACUACAUUCCACUGCUUUUGCUUUUCUCUUAUAUUAGCAUGUGUUUUAUUUGUAUUAUAUUCAUGGCUUUCUUUUUUAAGUUUGCUACCUAGCAUCACAUUCCCAAGACUACUGUAGUUGUCAUCAGUUAAACCACUACUAAUACUAGGCUCAAUGUACAAAUGAGGGGAAGAAGGGGGUGGCUGGAGGGUGGGUACUCACCUUCUAUGGGAUAGCCUACCAAGGUGUAAUCCCACAUUAGCUUGUUCUCCCUUUAAAGCAUGCUUCUGUAAUUUUAACUUUACUUUUAUUUUAAAUUACAUUAUAAAAGCCUGGUACAAACUAAUUUUUUUCUAUUUAGCACCAUAGGAAAUUGAGUUGUGAAACAUAAUGUAGGCCAGUUAAAAUAACAUCCCCUGGGUUCAUAGCACAAGUGGUCCUUUUCAGCCAUCACACUUAUCACUUUAUCAGUGUCCCAGCAUCUCAACCAUACUGUGCAAUUUGGAGACUGUUCCUCCCCAGUGAGCCCACAUGCUGGCAACUCUGUAUUACGCCUGCAUGUCAGUAUCCCUCAGGAGCAAAUAGCAGUACAGAGCAAUGGCUUUCCAGACCUUGCAUUGCUCUGCAACAGUAUUUGAGGAGGGAAAAACUUCCACACCCUAUGGAUUGCAGUGGUUUCACAUUUAAUUUCAUGGUAUUUGACAUGUUCAUUUUCCCCCAGAGGUUGCUACUGGUUGGACAAUUCCAUACAACACUUCUCCCCCCUCUGUAACUAAUGUGGCUCUAGAGUCUAGGUGCAAAAAAACUGAUGGAUAGUUCCUGAAAUGUUGCAGUGUUGCUGCUUUCCAUAUUAAAGAAAAAUUGAAGACACUACCAAAACACUCUGCUACGAUCUGUUACAGGGGGCUUCUAGCAGGCCUGGAUUGGAAUUUAUUCUCAGGUUUCUCUUCCCUAAAUUAACAUGGAUAGUAUUUUCAUACCCCUCAGAGAGAUUCACUCUUCAGAUCCGAGUCUUAUCUUUCUUAAGAUUGCCCAAAGCUCAUUUCAGGGGUUAAAGGACAACUGUACCCACUUUGGUCACCACAUUUGAAAAGUGAGAGGGAGCAAGAAUGGUGGAAGGCUAUCGAAGUCCAUGUUGGUAACUCCUCUUCCUCAGCUUUUAUAGUUUUAGUUAGAAAUGAAUACUAGCUGUGUUUCUUAUUCUAACAAACUCUCUUCUCUGCAAUUAUUGUUAGAUAGCUAUUCAGUUACACUGCUUCUGCCCAUGCUGUCAAUGUUCUGUAGCUAAAAAGGUAAUCGUUUUCAACUACUGUACAAUGUGAUAACGUUUAGAGACUAAAUUCUCAGCAUCAAUAGGUGCAGCGCCAUUGUCUUUAUGAUCAUGGCCAUUGCCUUUUUUCUGUUGGCCAGCAGAUGGCAGCCACAGUAUCAGGACUCCUAAUUUCUAUCUGCAACUGUGUCACUGACUCACUGAUCUAAGACAAUUCACCUAACCUCCUGGUGCCUCAAUUUCGCCAUCUCUAAAACAUGUAUAACAAACUUGUAUACCAGGUGGAGUGCUGUGAAAAUUAAUUUACAGAAAAAGUUUAACAAGACGACUUAAAUAUAAAAUAUCCCUCCUCGCUCCCCAGGAUUGUAUUAAAAAAGCUGAUCAUGGACAGAUUUAACAUUCAUGUCACAGUCCCAGUGGAAAAUAUAAUAGAAAAGAGGGAAGUGGCUACACUUGCAGUUAAACAGCGUACAGCACUGGUUCAGCUGCACUUGUUUUCAGCACCUGGUAAAUUUAAUUGCAAAAACACGAUUGGAGGUGAACAAAGACAAACAAGGGAAGGUUACAUCAUAGGAACGGACGACUAAUUUACUUGCCAGAAUCUUUCUUCCCUUUUCUGAAGUCUGGUACCCCAUCUCCUUUUCUCCAGUCUUCUGUGCCUUUCCAAAUAAUUCUCAGUUUCAAAAGCAUAUUAGCCAAUUUCCUUAACAGCCUAUGAUGCAUACAAAAUCUGAUUUAUGAGUGUUCCCAAUUUCCAGAUACUUGCUUAUGUUCUUUACCAAUAAAUGGUCUUUACUAUUUUCCAACUAUGCCAUCAUUUUUAUCUGACCAGGCUGUAAAAGAUGCAUCAAUAAUUUUAAAAUAAUCUUCAAAGGUUCUUGUAGUACAUGGCACAUUGUUUAUAAUAUUGUUAAAAAACCAUUAAUUUUACUGAAAGAAGAAUACUCUACAAAGAGCAGCUAGAACUAAUGUUAUGUACGCUAGCAGUGAUUAUGCCACCUGGUAUCUUCUGGUAUUCCGCAGUAAGCAAGUCAGAGAGGGAAGAACCAGUUUAAAGAAAAAUUCUCCUCAAUACUGUAUGUGAAAUAACUAUAAGUGGCAUAAAUUAUAACCAGAAAUUUAAGAGGAGAAUGGUUGUGACUGAAGCAGGUUCUCAGGUUGACUUCAGAAGAACAGAUAGGUCUCUACCAGCUGCUCCAGGGACCCAAACACCUGCCUGCGCUGCUGGGGAGGGGUGCAUGACUGUUUUUGCAGCUUCCCUUCUCUUCCCAUCAGAAGCUGUUUUUCUGCGGGGAACAUGAAUUCUGUGCACAUGCAGUGGUACAAAAUUCUCCCAGGAGUAGAAUAUGGAGAGGAGAGUUUAUCUGGCAGAAAACUGUCUAACGAAUCAGAGUGCACGGUGGAGAGGGAAGAAAGGCAGCUUCAGCAGAUCUGUUCACUGUUCUUGGCAACCUAAACCCAGGAUAAGUCACGGUGAAGGUAGUUCUACCCUCAGAACAGUGCAUCUAUACUGGGGGUUUGCAUCAGUGUUGUUACAAUAGUGCAAAAAUCCUAUAUGUAGACAAGACUUAAAAUGAGUUCAAGGAAAACAUCCCCUUUAAGGGAUGCACUUAAUACCCCUCCCAAAAAACACAAAUGAGAACUGCCCAAGUACAGCCCUGAGCAACUAAAUGAGUCUUCCAAAGAAAAUGAUUGAAGGCUGCAACACAAGCCUGGAUUGUGAGAUACAAAAGUCUAAGUUUAUUAAACAAUUUUGUUAAUGUUUAAUUACAAAGAUGCAGAACAAGUCUCAUCUGUGGGACUUCACUCAAGCCUCUCCCCUACCCAAACUCUGUCAGUAAAAAAAUGACAAGACAAAAGACCUGAAUAGAUAAAGCUAGUUACUUGGAGGGCUAAACAUUUAGUUAGUUUUGCUUUGCAUUCUCAGCUAACCUUAUUUUUCUUUACCAAACUCCUGUUUCUAUCAGACAUGGCUGACUCAGUGGAUAAACAGAUACAAAAA